GCGAGCACGAACCUAGUGAAGAGCUAGAAACAUGGCGUUCGUGAGGUGGAACGACGUGAACACGAUGAAAUUCAUAAAUCUAUAUAAACAGGAAGAAUGUCUGUGGAACAUAAGUUUGCUGGACUAUAAAAACAAAGAGGCGAGGAACCUUGCGCUCGAGAGAAUAGCUGCGGCUAUGGGUCUGGAAGGUUUUGGCGUUUCAGACGUAAAGUACAAGAUUAAAAAUAUUCGAUCGUCUUACUGCCAGGAACUGAAGAAAAUCCAGUUUAGUGAGGCUAGUUGUUCGUCUCCUGAAGAUGUAUACAGACCAACAGUUGUCUGGUUCAGUAGUUUACACUCCUUCCUCAAGAGUUUUGUGUUCCAGCGAGAGAGACCGCCCGGCUUCACUCCGGAUAGAGUCAGCAGGUCAACUUCAAUAAAAGAUGAAGAAAUUGUCCUUGAAGAAGUGACACAGCUGUACGACACGAAUGAAGCCUGGACUUCAGUUGAAGAGAGUGCCUGUGGAAAGCGAGAAGCUUCCGAAUUUCGGUUGGAGGGAUCAGCGUCCCCGGAGCCCGCUAGGCAGCAGCCCAAGAGAUGUAAGACGUCCGACUGUGGUCUCCUGUGUAAGACUGUGGACAGGUUGAAAGAAGUGCUGGACAGGAAGGAGGAAGACGAGUUUGAGACAUUUGGAAAGAGUGUGGCAUGUCAGUUGAAGAGACUAUCAGUACGGAGGGCCGCAUCGGCGCAGUUGAAGAUUCAGGCUAUCCUCACUGAAGAGAGAAUUGAACAGGAACUGGAGCACCAGGCCAUUAAUGUGCCAUAGUUAAGUGACGAGGUUCAAUAAGUGAAGUCUGAGACUUCCGUGGAGGUUAGCGUAUUUUGUUUCUCGGAUUUAGUAAUUUUUUUCUGUUAGAUAUGUGACUGCUAGCCCUAUAAAACCUAAUGUUCUUCGAAAUGAUACUCAAAACUCCAGUUCGUACCUCACAGGAAACAUCACAUAUGUGAAUGCUGUUUAGGAAAACAGUCGCCGUUUACUGCUAGGAUCUUGUGAAAGCUAUAUACGUAUUGUAGCAUGUAGAGCCGUUACUGUGCAACGACCGCGAGAUAAGCAAAUAUAGCAGAGCCGUUACUGUGUAACAAGCUGUCGUUCAGAGAGGACUUGAACUCGGAAGCAUAGGAAUGACCAUUACUAGAAGCCGUUACCAGGCAACCACUAAUGGAGACACUGUGGGCUGGGAAAGACAGCGUGGUUUUGUAAAGUAUGGAAAAAGCUGUAGUGUUACA